GGACGACCCCACCACGCGCCUCGGCACCUCUUCGCCGGCACCUAAGCAUCUCACAGACGCAGAGCCUUACGAACUUCAUCACUACGAUCCCGCUCCUUCGCCUCAACCCGGCGCUAACUACUCAUCUCCACCUGUCUCGGGCGACCUCUGGUCAAACGGUCAGCAGCAACAGUACGCAGACUACUCUCAGCAACUUGCAUAUACUUCAUCCUACGUCGGGUCCUACCCUGGGUCUGAGUACUCGAACGACUUUGGUGGUCGCUCAUUCGACGUAUCUGACGACGAGUUCAUGUUCGGCCCCCCUAGGAACGUAGACGACGACGCUUCCUCCCAGCACCCAGGCGACGAGUACGACCCUGCUGCAUACGACGCUCCCCUUCAUAGCGCAGCGCUCAGCGUGGCUUCAGACGGCACACAGAGCAUUUUCGAAAUUCAGCAGCAAUCCCUGGCAGCAUUCGCCAAUCCCCAAGAUUACAGCGGCUACCAACCCGGAACGGGUGGUUCCCCAGCUUCCUCAGCGCGUGCACGCUCGCGGGCCUCUUCUGUCUCCUCUUUUCACGGUCAAUCCCCCAGCCUAGCUGCCGCCCAACCCCCGAAUCCCAUCUCUGACUUUUCCGCGCUCUCUUUCAACCACCCCGCAUCUCCUUUUGUCCGCCCGCCCCCGACCCCUCCCAUGCAGCGCUCCGUCUCACCGUUCGUUGGGAUAUCUGAGCCGUCUCCACCUCCCCAUCUUAUGCCUCAGAGUCCGGGAUUGAAACCCCAGAGCCCCCCGCAGCUGAUGAUCCCUGAUGGUACACCAGGUGGCGCUUCUCUUGCACCUCCUCCCCACGCACAUACCAACAAUGGUCUCCUCGCCGUCGGAGGUCCCCAAAUCAACUUGACGCCUGCUACGCCUAUCAGCGCGCUUACUGCAAAGCCGGGUGACAAUCAGCGCGGAUUCCAAGAUAUUCUACGGGAUAUCACGACUGGUCGGGGACCUACAUCUCAGCAAGGACAGCGGUUCACCAAUCAAGCUAACCCACAACAUCCCGUUUGGCCUCCUCCUGCAUCCCAGCACGCCCAACCACCACUUCUGCCAUCCCUUCCACCCUUUGGCGCCCAGUUUGGUAACUACGCCUACGCUCCACGCGUUCGUUCAAAAUCUGAGACCAUGAAUGGUCGUCCCCAGUUCGCUGGUCCACCCCCUGCCGGGUGGGAAUGUGCACAGGGGAUGGGGAUGCCUCCCCAGCAACCUCAGCAGCCAACAACCAUGGACCCAUCAAUCCUCCUCCCUGGCUCCUCCCAAUCUCAACAAGGGAUGAUGGGUGGCUACGGGCAGCCAACAGCGUUCUUCCCUGAUCAGCAAGGGAUGCCGAUGGGUGGCAUGGCCGGCCAAGGUCACCGCCGUACAGGAUCGAUGUCGGGCUCCCAGCCACCAAUGGGGUUCAUGCCAGGGCAUCAGCGCCAAUCUCGCUCACUCGGUGGCAGCCCCAAUAUGAUCCCUCAAAAUCUCGGUGGCAUGCAAGGUUACCUUCCUACCAUCAACCCAAAUGACGGCACCCUUCUCCCCCCAAUGAUGCGUGAGGCAUCUAUGGGUCCUGACCGGCGCGGCAGGAGACUCUCGCAUGGCUCAGGUGCAUCUACUCCCUAUUCUCGCAGUCCCAGCCCAGGAGCCUCGCGUCCGCUGAGGGAUAUGGUUACCACACCUGCGACAGCUGCUGCCUCUCAAGGCAGACGAACAACCAAGGCAACCUUCAUUUGCCCCAUUCCUGGUUGCGGGAGCACCUUCACCCGGUCGUUUAACCUCAAAGGGCAUUUGCGAAGCCAUAACGAGGAGCGGCCAUUUAAGUGCCAUUGGCCUGGGUGCGAAAAGGGCUUUGCCCGCCAACACGACUGCAAGCGACAUGAGGCGCUCCAUUUGAACAUCCGGCCAUUUACUUGCGAGGGAUGUGGACGCAAUUUCGCCAGGAUGGACGCCCUAAAUCGUCAUUUGCGUAGUGAAGGCGGGAACGAGUGUGCAAAGACUCAGCAGCCGCUCACAGAAGAGAGCGUAGCUGCUGCUGUUGCCGCUGCAGGGUUGGAGGGCCUGCCUAGUGUAGGGCAAAUAGAGGGUGCGCUGGACGACUCGGACGCUGUGCCCAUGACUGCCCCGUCACUUGAAGGUGAUAUGGAAAACCUCAGCAAGGCAUUGGUCAUGUAACCUCUGCCUGUGCCUUGUCCUUUUCCCUUUGUGGUUGGUGCUGGUGUUCGUGUAAUAGACGACCGCUGAUGAACGCCCUGUUAUGUUACUGUCUGCUUCCCGUUAUUUCCUAGCGUGUGUGCAUGUGUUCACAUCCUACAUACCCUUGGACAAUUCUCCUUUCUAGCGUUCGGCUCCUCGCCUCGUAUUUAAUGCGACGUGUACUUUCUCGCUCUGCACUGCACUUAGUUCAUACAAAACAGCUGUAUAGUGUAGUAAAUAACUUACGCUUGAAUAACUCCCUUACGUGCG